GUACUCUAGCAACGUGGACGUGGUGGGACGCAUGGGGAAGGGGUAGUGCAGCUCCGCAUGUUGCGUAAGAAGGACGAAGCAGUGUCUCCAGUAUAACACCCAACACUUUAACAGCAUAGACAGCGGCGGCCAGCGGAACAACAAAUUAACGCAGGGCAGUCCUUGGCAACAACGUGACCAGGGGCCACAAGGCUUAGCCCACCGCCUCGCCUCCCGAGGCCUGCGCGCCGCUCCCACCGAGGGUGUGGCCAGCACGACUCAAACUUGGGUACAUCCUAGGAGUAAAGAUGGGCGACGACUGUGGUGGUGGCGGCGACUCGGGGGGUGGCGGCGACUCGUGGGGUGGCGGGUGUGACACUGGCGGGAGCUGGAGCUUCAGCGAAUCCUCUUGUGGCGCCCAGGAUCCUGGUGGCGCCGAUGAGGUGUACUACGACGAGGAAACCGGCGGCAUGAAGUACAGGACGUCGCGCUCCACCACGGGGGGCGGCGGCAGCAGCAACAUGGGCGGGGUCGAGUCUGCAGGAGUAUUGUGCACGGAAAUACCUUCGAACCCGAGUCAGAGCCAGCGGUGGUGGUGGCGGUGGUGGCAGUGCUGCAUCCAUCCAGCGUGCCGGGGGAAAAUCAAGUUGGUUGACUCAGAGUUUCCUUACCCAACAGCGUUUGGCAACUUUGCUGGUGGGCGGGUAUAUCAACAAUACCUGUCUGAAUCAACCUUAAAUCUUCCUCUCAUCUUCUGCACCAGGUAAAUGCAUAUAAAGACGCCUUACUUCACUGGACAGGUGGAAGGCGCCUAUGGUAGGUCCACAUCUAUCCGACUGCAGUUGAAGUAAGUCCCGAGAGAAAGAGUUGCAACCCGGCAGAGGUCAUGAAGGUUGUGGGAGCAGGUCGGCCUAUCACACAUCAGUUGCUCUGCGGUGAAGUGUCUGAGAGGGAGCGCUGGCCCGCUGCAGCAGUGACUCGUCAGAUAACUCGCCCAACCCAUCGCUGCAAACCUAGCUGUGUCUGGAUGACAUGAAUUGACUUUAUUUUAUAUUGAGUGUGAACAAAACGUGUGCAACAUGACGAAAAGAGUGAACACUGCUUUGUAACCUGAGUUAGUUCGUGAAAGAAGUAAAAGACAAGCACUGAUUGGAUAUACUGAACUUAUGACGGCAAGCACCACACGCAUGGGCGACGUGAUGCAUGAUUUCGCACAGAAAGUUUCCUCGUUAAGGUGAAAGGGUAAUCGUUGCGUCAAGAUAAGGAAAUGCUAAGCGGAGACAUCCCGUCAAUAUGAAAUUCAAGAUGGGCUUCCUCGCCUCCGUGCCGCUGGCUACAGACACUGAGGUGGUGGCGACGACUGUGCGGUACCGGCAGAGUGGCGAGUGGCUGGGGAGGGUAGGGAGUGAGAGGGAGCCGUCCAGGGCGUGCCGCCACACCGAGGCUGGCGAGGAUUGCGAGGAGGACGACCCAAGGACCCGACCCUGCCUCCCCCCGCACCCCACCGCCAGGACCGUGUGCGCCAGCUUCCAUCACCACAAGGCCUCUCUCCCGCCUGACGACGACGCCAGCCUCUCCCGCGGCCGGUCCUCAAGCACCAGCUCCAGCGAAUCUUUCAACACAAACAGCGUGGACAGCAUUAGCUAUAACAGCACAAACAGCAGCGGCAGCACUCUCAGCACAGGCAACAGUUUUGGGUCGCGCAACGCCCACGACAACGACAACGGCAGCGUGUGCGUCAAAACUAAAAACUCAUCGAGGAAAAAAAUGUUUUCUUUGGGUCGUAAAUGUGACCUGAGGAAACGCCGUUUUGGCCCCGACACCGCUAAUGUCCAACACUUGACCCCCCACGGGCUUACCGGUGCAUCAGUCACCACCGCCACCGCCAGCCUGAACUUCAGCGUCAGAGGGAAGCCAGACGCCGGUCGACAUGUGAUGAAGGAAGUCAACCAUAAGACAAACAGCCUCAGCAGCAACAGCAGUUACGAGAGCCAAACCAGCAGUACCAGCAGCACUAAAAGUUUCACGAAUUUUUUCAGUAGAGGAAACGUAUUCAGCAGCAGCUUCAAAAUAAGAAGCAAAUGCAAAAAAAUGUGCAAUAACAGUAGUAACAAUAGUGGUGGCAGCAGCACCGCCACCACCACAACCACCACCAUCAGUAGCAGUAGUAACAGUAACAUCACCAGCAGCAUCAACAGCACCAUCACUGAGAACAGCAGGUUUCUCCUCCCUGCAGACAGUGUUACCAACAUCGUCGUGGUUGGGGACAAAGGAGUCGGCAAGUCAGCCAUCACCGUGCGGUUCCUGACCCGCCGGUACAUUGGGGAGUACAGCUCGGACGCAGAAAUGAUGUACCAACACGAUACUCUGGUGGACCACGCGCCGGCCUGCCUCCAGCUGCUGGAUGCUACCACCGUGCAGGUGAGAAGCUGCCCCGUGUUGCCCCUGCACAAACUGUCCCAGCCAUACAACCUUAUGACUGACAUUAAUCUUGUCUUCCAGACACCCCACCAGAUACUGAGCCACCUGUCCUGGGCCCACGCCUUCGUUGUGGUCUAUGACGUCACCAGCAGGACCUCCUUCACACACGCCAAGAAACUAUUGCACAUCAUUCACUCCUGCUCCCACACGCCUCUUCAUCUUCCCUUCAGUUUCUCCUCUAAUGCAUGUUCCUGCAGAGCUAGCAACAUCCCAUUACGCUGGGACAUGCUCCAUGGACGGCCAAGGAACGUCUCUGUCUGUACUAACAGUGAGGAAACAGUAAACGGUUACGAAGAUGCCGACACAGAGACCACAAGCCCCUCGCUGUAUUUCAUAAGAGGUGCUUCUCGAACACCACAUUCCCAUAACCAACCACAAAUUGCCAACCACCAGGUCUACACGUGUUAUGAUGUUGAACCACCGCCAAAUGGCUACAGUAGCUUCACAUCAUCGUCUCUCCCAGUCUCUACGACUGGUGGGCGGGACCAUGUGGGUGACGGGUGGCAUCGCACACGCCGCCCGACCACUGGUGGCCCUCACCAAGCUGUCAGCCCCGCAUACGACUCCCCACGUGGUAGUAACAGACACUGCCCUUGCCACGGUCACCACAACACACUGCGUUCCAGUACAACUCCAAAUAACUGCGUCAACAAUUACAACAAAGCCACAAUCUUUCCUAGUCAUGUUUAUUGUGAUUCUCCAGUGACAGACCACGCGAGUUACGACGACGGUGGGGGGAAAAAGUGGUCACUCUCUGAAACAGUUCGACGAACUCCACUCCAUGAUGGAAGGAGCUUUGAACCAUGUGAUGGAAGACAAAAGUACGAGUGUAUUUAUGAAAGGUAUACUAAAGGUUCAAGUCUCCAUCACUCGUGCAACCAACUCUUGCCCGACCACGCGACACUUAACCACCAAAACGGUGUGCCCGCGAGAGGCUGCACCCCCACCAGCCCCCAGCGGAGGCACACAACCCUUCUCCUGGGGAAUAAGCGAGACCUUGAACACAUCAGGCGAGUGUGGACAGACGAGGGGGAGGCACUUUCGUUGCAGUUUAGCUGCCAGUUCUACGAGGUGUCUGCCGCAGAGUCCCUGCUUGGGGUGCACCUGGCCUUCCAUUCCCUGCUCAAGGAGGCACGCGCCCUACAGUUAAUAAGGAGUUUGCCUCACACUUCUCCCAAAGCCACGGUGUCUUCGGCAGUGUCUAAGGUCAUCGGCAACUUUUUCAGAGUUGGAAAAGUUGGACCAAAGAGGCAGUCCAAUAGUAUUUAAAUCAACAGCACCAGUCGCGAGUGUUAAGGCCUGAGGUGUUUCAUGGCAUUAGUGAUUUAAGAAUAGCUUGUCAUCACUGGUUAUCACACUACUUCUCUGGUCUGGUACCAUCGGCAGCCCAGACUGCAUUAAAUAUUGAACCAUCCAUAACAAAGUCUUUCAUUCAAUAGUAUGGUAUGAGGUGAUGUUGCCUAAUGCAUAAAUAAACAAAAGUCUUUA